UACAUGCAAUUUAAUUGUAACUAACGGUAGAGUCAAAGGAUGAGAUUGGUGAGUGGCAAAUAAUUCUGCAGCCAAUGUGAGCAAUUGGCGAGGUUUAUUUACCCAAUGGUGAUAGACUUGCAGAGCCAACUUUUUAGUAUGGAUUGUCAGGGUCAGGGCAAAAGUACACCAGCCUUGUGACAUCAAGCAAGCGCCAAUAUAGCACCACCACCUUCAAUCCAUCUUCGUUCCUUGAAUUCUCUUGCUCAUCAAUGAUUUUCUUUCAUAGGUUUACGUCUCUUUUGGUAUUGAACAAGACAAAACAAGAAAUUUCCAGGAAAGUGGAUUUUGAUGGUGACCACUGAUGAAUUUAGUCCAUUAAUAGAAUGAAGUUUCCUUUGCCCUCAUUGAAUCUCUUAUCCUGAAUCUGCAUGGAUACUAUCUGUAGCUAGCUAACGGGUGGUUUUUUCGACUUUGAACAUCUUUAGAGACACCACAAUUUUUGUGUCCAGGAUAUCAUGGCUAGUUUCAGUCACCAUUUCAGUUCAAUGCACCUCGUAUGGAUGGCCUGCUUGCAUGUGUAUGUUCUUUGUGCCUUAGCUGAGCUUCAGCGAUUCAAGCAACCUACCAAGGAGGAUGGCUCAAUUAGCUUUUUGGUGGUUGGAGACUGGGGAAGAAAAGGAAAUUAUAAUCAAUCCAAUGUUGCAUUUCAGAUGGGAAGAAUAGGAGAAGAAUUGAGCAUUGAUUUCGUUGUUUCUACUGGAGACAACUUUUACGAGGACGGGUUGAGAAGCAUAAAUGACCCUGUGUUUGAGAAAUCAUUUAGCAAAAUCUAUACUGCAAAGAGCCUUCAAAAGCAGUGGUACAGUGUUUUAGGCAACCAUGACUACCGGGGAAAUGUCAAGGCUCAAUUAAGUCCGAACCUGAGGAAUAUAGAUAGCCGAUGGAUUUGCCUGAGAUCUUUCAUUCUUAACGCAGAAAUUGUGGAAUUGUUCUUCAUCGACACCACUCCAUUUGUGGACAAGUACUUUCUGAAGCCAAAGCACCAUCAUUAUGAUUGGAGAGGAGUGAUGCCAAGGCAGCACUAUCUUUCAAACCUCUUGAAGGACUUGGAAUCAGCUUUGCAGGACUCCACUGCUAACUGGAAGAUUGUAGUUGGGCAUCAUACUAUCAGAAGCAUUGGCCAUCAUGGGGAAACAAAUGAGCUAAAGAAGCAACUUCUCCCGCUUCUUGAGGCAAACAAUGUUGAAAUGUACAUAAAUGGGCAUGAUCAUUGCUUGGAACACAUAACCAGCAGCACAAGCCAAAUCCAAUUUUUAACAAGUGGAGGUGGUUCGAAGGCAUGGAAAGGGGAUAUUGAUCAACUAAACAAAGGAGGAGUCAAGUUUUAUUAUGAUGGGCAAGGUUUCAUGUCCCUGGAACUAAGGCAGACACAUGUAAAGAUAGUAUUCUAUGAUGUUUUUGGCAAAGUUCUGUACAAUUUGAACAUGUUUAAGCAGCUCAACCCUGUCAUCUAGGACCACAUUAUGGAAAACAGGUGUUUUCCACUCUUCAUCAAAUAUAUAAUGCAGUGAUUAAUCA